AUGCAAGGCCGCAACGGCGGCUCGACGGCCAUGAACAAGAUCUGGCUGGACCACAUCAAGAUCUCUCGCAUCGGCCGCCAGUUCCUCGUCGCCAACAACGCCGAGGUCGCUUCCUUGACCAUCAGCAACUCGGACUUCGACGGCCGCACAGACUACUCCGCCUCGUGCGACGGCCGCCACUACUGGACGUUCCUCCUGUACGGCAAGAACACGAAGGUAAGCAUGGUCAACAACUACGUGCACUCGACCUCGGGCCGCUCCCCCAAGAUCGGCGGUGCCAGCGACGCCAACGCUAUUGCACACGUGGUCAACAACUACUGGGCGGACAACUCCGGGCACUCGUUCGAGCUCGGCGAGAACGGAUACGUCCUUGCCGAAGGAAACUACUACCAGGAUACGGUGGCGCCGCUGUCGGCUGGCAACGAGGGAGCCAUCUACGCAGCCACGGCCUCCACCGAAUGCAAGAACUACUUAGGUCGGUCGUGUGUGGCGAAUGUGCUGGACAAGAGCGGCUCGCUCACGUCGUGCAACGGCGCCACAGCUCUGUCCAAGAUUAAGGGCAACUCGGCCGUCUCGAAGUUCGCGCCACGAGCGGCGAAGAAGCUGGUCAAGACGACCAAAAACUUUGGAAUUGGUGUGCUCAACUAG